AUGCUUGCAACCUUGGGCUUGGCCCCGAGCUCACCGCAGAAAGGUACUCUUCCUGCGUCGACCGCAGGAGGCACUUCAAAGUGCCUGAUAGUGCGCGAAGGUCACCAAACGGAGCUGCCGUGCGACCUACGCGACGCUUUGUCCCACGACUCGCUGGCCUUCGUGCACUGGUACCACUCGCCCGAGAGGGAUCUUCACAGUGGUUCCUCCGGAGUGGCAUCACCACUGGGAUACGGCUUCCGUGCAGCCGUGGCCAGCCGCGAGCCCAUCUACACUGUGGACUUCGGACCUAAUCCGACACUCAGCGCAGAGACGACUGCCGGAGCCACGGGUGGAAAUGGAGCUACAGGAGGACGAGGGAACAACUUGCUACAAGUGAGCCGCUCAGCCGGACACGGCUGGAUCGGGCGGGCCUACUUUUCGAUCAUUGGCCACCCGGCCAGCCUCAAGGUGAACAGCGUGCGCUUCGAGGAUGCCGGUCUGUACACGUGCACAGCUGUGUACCGGGAUGAUGCUCGUAGAAAUUCGACGGUACGGCUACACGUCGUCGCGCCGCCGGAGCCACCCGUAAUACGGGGCAGUGAGGGCAAUGAACUUCGAGGAACGAUUGGGCCCUUCAACGAAGGAAGCACGCUGGCAUUGGUUUGCGUCGUGUAUGGAGGCAAGCCUAAGCCAACGUUGGUGUGGAGCGGCAUGCCCGACGGCAUGAUGGCCGAAGUGCGUCCUUCUUCGGAAGCUCAGCUCACCACCUCCACUCUGCUCAUCCACUCCCUCAGGAGGGAGGACCUGCGUUCGACACUCUAUUGUACAGCGUCCAACAACAUAUCCUCGCCAGCGGACACGUCCGUCACGCUGGAUCUCAACCUGCGCCCCACAUUAGUGAAGAUAAGGCGCACCGAGAUCCCCAUCUCGGCUGGCGUACCUGCUGAGAUCGGCUGCGAAGUGUGGGGAUCGAGGCCAUCACCCGUGGUCACGUGGUGGAAAGGACUGCGCGAGCUAAAUCACACGUUCGUCUACAAGUCCACGGACGGCAAUAUGACCACGAGUGUGGUGUCGUUUACGGCUUUGAGGGACGACCAUGGUUCCAGUCUCGCUUGCCGCGCCAAGAACCCGACAAUCGCCGAAAGCGUCAAGAAGGACACCUGGACCAUGAACAUCCAGUACAAACCAAAGAUCUCGCUGCAGCUGGGCACCAAGCUGAACCUUGAGAAUAUUCAGGAGAACAACGAUGUCUAUCUCGAGUGCCAUGAGGACACCAACCCUCGAGUUGACGAAGUUUCCUGGCAGUUCAAUGGCAACGAGCUGCAGGCCUGAAACGUGCUCGUCUCCAAAAACUUCCUCGUCAUCCAAAGAGUGCAGACGCACCACUCGGGCUUGUACUCCUGCAGCGCCGAGAAUUCCGAAGGGCGGACACAGGGCGAGACGCUUGAGCUGCGCGUUCAACACGCCCCGCUGUGCAAGGCGAACCAGCGCGUGGUGUAUGCAGCAUCGCGGCACCAGGAGGUCGAAGUGCAUUGCGAGGUCGAAGCAGACCCGAGCAACGUCACCUUCGAGUGGCGCUUCAACAGCACUCUCCAGCAGCGGCCCCUCAAGAGCUUCUGGGUAGAGGGCCCACGCAGCGUUGCCCGUUACAUCCCUCACAGCCACACCGAGUACGGCACCUUGCUCUGCACUGCAUCAAACCGCAUAGGAAAGCAGCGACAGCCGUGCCUCUUUCACGUCGUCCAGGCAGGUCCACCGGGGCCCGUGGAGAACUGCUCCAUCACGAACCAAACCGAGGGAUCUCUGCACUUGGAGUGCCAGGCUGGCUCGGACGGUCACAUGCCAGCCCACUUCGUCCUCUCCGUGCACGAUGUGCUCACAGCCACUGUCGUCGCUAACUUCACUGCCAAUAAACCAGACUUUUUGGUUCACGACCUUCUUCCGGGUGUAGAGUACUUCCUAGUGAUAUCGUCUGUGAAUGAGCGGGGCCGGAGUCCUGAGCUAACCAUUCUGCCUCCGAUUAUGCCUCUAGUGGGCAAACUCACCAUGUCAGGCAGUGAAGCUAAAAUCUACUCCAACGUCUUGCUCAUCGUGGUGGUCGUGUCCGUGUCGCUGCUCUGCCUGUUGCCACUCAUUGUGUUCGCGGCGAUGAAGCUGAGGAGAAGUGACUUCUUCAACAAGAAUCGUGUGGCCAAGAGAGACAGCACAGAGAGUGACGCUUGCCCAUCUACGACGACCGCCAGUCCUCAAGAGGCGAUGCAGCUGCAGAUAUUAUCGGUGUACCCAAAGGAAGACAACCAACUUUGGAUUGUUAAAAAGAGCACCGGACUAUGA